GUACUGCAUACUGGAUGUUGAACGUAUCGUUGCUUAGAGGGGCGAUAUAAGUGUGUACAGUGAUCAUGAUAGCAUAAUCGAUGACGGGAGAUUGUCUCUGUCCGUUCCGACGGCUUAUAGGGCAAAAGGGAUCCAAAAUGCAGCCCUUUCAUCUAAUGGUGACUCUGACCCCAACCAGGCUCUACACCCUUUUACUUUCCCUUCAUCUAGUGGGGGCUCUGACUCUGCUCUUCCUGGCCUCCCUCACUGUACAGUAUACUUAUCACAUUGUCUCUGAGCUUUUCCAUGCUUACAGGAUUGUUCCUCAUUUCAAAUGGUUCCCCUCUGCCUCUGUGAUUACUUACUUAUUGUGCUUGUUUCUCUCCCAUAUUUUAUCAACAUCAAAAAAGGAAACAGAGGAUCAACAUUACAAGUUGUACAUCAUGAGUCUUCUAAUUAUACCCCACCUUUUGUAUUAUUGGUAUUAUACACAGUUCAACAUAGACCAUGUUCAUGAUAUCAUUUCAUGACAGCCUCCACAAACCAUAUCCUGACACAAUGUAAGUGAAG